ACCUGCUUUUCCAUGCAACAAACUGCAAAGCCCUGUAUGGAGCAGCUUUUCAAAUUCAAAUGGAAGCAAAAGCAGGUACAAAUGUGACCUACAGAAUUCAGAGUCAUAAUAUGUUGUUGUCCAGUUUAUCUGUGGUCAGAGGAAAUGUUCCUCACAACAUGACAGUGACUCCUGAGAUGAUGACGCAGCUCAGGUCCGGCUGCCACCUGCUGAUGCUUUAUGCAUCUAACAUGGUGACCGUCCCUGAAGUGUCCACAGAACUGCAGAUUCGUGAAAUGAUGCUGAACACAAUGGUUGAGGCAGUAAAAGAGGCUCCUACCAACACUCCAGAAGAAGUUCAUGUGACCACCAGAGGGCUUACUGCUAUUGUCCAGAAAGGCACUGAACUCAGCUCCUCUGCUCAGGAAAAGGCUUCAUUAUUACUUGCAAACCUCAGCUCAUCUCUCCUCCACAUGUAUGAGAACAAAACUGCUGAAAACAAGAAAGAAAUAUACAUUGCAGCCAGCAGCAUUGUGGAAGGAGCCAGCAAUAUCUUGGACUAUAGCUUCAGUAGUAGCAUCUCUGAUGCCCUUCUUGUAGCUCUACAAAAUAUACAGAGUGCACUGUUGGCAUUUCUAGAUGUGGAUGAAGAUCCGACUGUUAUCCAGCAAGCCAAUAUUUGUCUUUCUGUUCAAAGAUUGAAGCCAAGCGAUUUGAACAAAGAGCCCCUAAAGAUUUCCAACUGUACAAGCUGCUUUACAUUUUCUUUGCCAAGACUACCGUCUAGGAUAUUUCCUUCAGAAGACCCAGUGGAUGUACGAAUACUGAAUUUAGAAAAAAAUCCAUUUUCCUGGAACGAGAGAGGGGACAUCAGUGGCGCGGUGGGUGCUCUAUCGCUCACAACACAUGAUGGCUCAAAUAUCCCAGUGCAAAACUUGGAUGACAAGAUUGAGAUUUUGAUGCCAAAUCUUAAUGGACAGCAGGUGAAUACCUCUGUUUUGAACCUGAGGAACUACAGCACGGUGGGCCUAGAUGUACCUUCAGAUGACAAUAUUCUGUUGUUAAAGAUGGUGCCGUCAAAGGACCCAUUACCCUUCAAAGUGUUCCUUGGUUACAUGGGGUACCCCACUGAAACAAAUUAUGUAGCAAUGACAGAGAUGCCUCAGCAGCAGGGAACUACACAAGCAGAGAGAUACACUUGGAUGCUAGACCCCAAGACAUUCAAUGGAAAAACUGGAACAUACUAUCUUGUGGUGAGGCCCAUAGUGGGUCCAGGUAUAAAAUCCAUCAAUGCCACUUUAUCAAUAACCCCUGUCACCACUUCUUGUAAAUUUUGGCAUGAAUCAAUACUGGACUGGUCCACCUAUGGCUGCGUGGUUGGUGUUAACACUACACCUUUAGUCACCCAGUGCCUCUGCAACCACCUCACCUUCUUCGGGAGGUCUUUCUUUGUCACCCCCAAUCUUGUUGACCCAUCACGUACUGCUGAGCUGUUUGGCACCUUUACUCAAAACCCUGUGGUUGUGUGCUUUGUGGGUGCACUCUUUGUGACCUAUCUUUUGGUGGUUUUGUUGGCACGACGAAAAGAUGUUAAAGACUUAGCCAAGCUGAAAGUCACCAUUCUGGAGGACAACAACCUUAUGGAUGAGUACAGAUAUCUGUUGUGUGUCAGCACUGGGUAUCGGAGAGGAGCCUCCACUUCCUCUCGGGUAACAAUAACUCUGCUGGGAACAGAUGGAAACAGUGAACCACACCACCUGACAGAUAAAAAGAAAUGCUUGUUUGAGAGAGGUGCGGUGGACAGGUUCCUGCUAACUACACCCUUGUCCCUGGGAGAGCUGCAGGGCAUCAGGCUAUGGCACAGCAACUCAGGGAGCCACCCUGCCUGGUAUGUAGGCAGUGUGACGGUACAGGAUUUACAGACGGAUCAGAAAUGGCAUUUCCUCUGCAACUCCUGGCUGGCCAUAGACAUGGUUGAUUGUUCCCUUGAUAAAGUUUUUCCUGCUUCAACAGAGAUAGAUUUGAAGAGGUUCAGUAAUAUGUUCUUCAUGAAGGCAACAAGGGAUUUCAAUGAUGGGCACCUGUGGUAUUCUGUGAUCAACCGACCACCAAGCAGCACCUUCACUUGUGUUCAAAGAGUGUCCUGCUGUUUCUCUUUGCUGCUCUGCACCAUGCUGACCAGCAUCAUGUUUUAUGGCAUCCCGACAGACCCCUCUGACCAGGUCAUGGAGAUGGGUCCCUUUGAGUUUAACUGGCAGCAAUUCAUGAUUGGAAUUCAGAGUUCACUCAUCAUGUUUCCAGUAAACUUCCUCAUUGUUAGUAUCUUCAGAAAGACUCGUCCUCGGGAGAUGUCUUGUUGCAAGCGCAAAAAAGAAAAACCACAUGCCCUUGAGCAGGAGAGCUCCUCACAGACUGCCAACACCACCAUGAAAUCCAAUGUCACUUUAGACAUUAUCAUCAGUGAUAUCAUAAGAAUCAUCCAUUCACUCGCUAAGGGUGUGACGAGCGACAUUCCAUGCACAGAGUCUGAGCCUGGGCCUGGACCACAAGUUGAUAUCAAUGCUGUCCUUUCUGUGGUGGACGACCUUAUCAGACAGAAUAACAAGACCAGUGAUAACAGCACGUCAAAAACACAGCCUCAGCUACCAGACGGCAGUGCUAGUGUGCAUCCUGGAGAGACAGUGCAGGGCACUGAGAAGAAGAGCAACAAAACCCUGUAUCUGUACAGGCAGCUGUGUCAUAUUGACACAAAGAUAAUCCUGCUGGGACCCUCUGGUUUCCCCAGUCCACACAGCUACAGCCUGGCUCUGCAGCAGGUCCGAGGCAUGAAGGGCCUACUUGAACAUCAGCUCUUCACAUCCAGCUCCAUCAGCCUAGAUGAACUCAACCAGAAGAACUUGAGUCCUGCAGAUAGCACAGAUGGUGGUCAGAAGAAAAGAGCGUGCUGUCAUGGAGGGUUACCCUGGUGGUUUAUAUUUGUGGGCUGGCUGCUAGUGGUUGCUACCAGUGUUGUAGCUGGAUAUUUCACAAUGCUUUAUGGGUUGAAAUUUGGGAAGCAGCGUUCCAUAGACUGGUUGGUGUCCUUGCUUGUUUCCUUUUUUCAGAGUAACCUCAUCAUUCAGCCACUGAAGGUGUUAUGCCUUGCACUGUUCUUUGCGCUGGUAAUAAAAAAAGUUGAAGAGGAAGAUUCUCAAAAUAUGGCAUUUAUAAUAAAUGAUGUAAACCCAGAUUACUCUAAGGACCAACAUGUCAGACGGAAUACAAAUCUUUAUCAACCACUUCCUCCUGCAGACAUUGAGAAGAUGAAGAGGAACAGGAUCAUGGAGCAGAAAGCCUUUGCCCUCCUCAAAGAGAUUUUAAUGUACUUGGGGUUUAUGUGCAUGUUGAUGGUGGUGGCAUACGCACAGAGAGACCCCACUGCUUUUUACCUGAACCAGCACAUUGUGAACAGCUUCAGUGGAGGCACCUCAGACACCAUGAGUCUUGGGGAUGUGUUCAAUUGGGUCAACACAUCUCUACUCAGUAAUCUCUACGGAGCUUAUCCAGGAUUUAUCACAGAUGGAAACUCCAAGCUAGUGGGUAAUGCCCGUCUUCGUCAACUGAGAGUGAAGAACAACCUUUGUCACGCUCCUGGCCCCAUGCUGCACAUUGUGCCAGGCUGUCAAGCUCUAUAUUCAUGGGAUGCAGAGGACACAGGCUCCUAUGACCCUGGCUGGAACUACCCGUUCUGGGAUAAUAUCUCUACAAACACCCCCAGCCCCUGGAGGUACCAGACACAGGCUCAGCUCAAAGCUUCCUAUAUCUGGGGCACAAUGGCGCUUUACAGGGCAGGUGGAUUUGUAGCAGAGCUCGGGCCAGAUUUGCAAAAUGCCAGCAGUACCCUUGAAUAUCUGUUCAUUAAUAAAUGGCUGGAUGUAUACACAAGGGCGCUCUUUGCAGAGUUCACUGUAUAUAAUGCUAAUGUGAACCUGUUCUGCAUUGCCACAUUCUUGCUAGAGACCACGGCUACAGGAACAUUUCAGUUCCACACCGAGCUGCACAGCAUUCGUCUUUACCAAACAACUGAUGGUCUUUUCAUCUUUGUUGCGGCUGCUGAGAUCAUCUACUUGCUUUUCAUCCUCUAUUACAUGUUUAUGCAGGGCAAAUUAAUGAAGCAACAUCGGUGGGGUUACUUCAGGAGCAAGUGGAACCUUCUGGAGCUGAGUAUCAUUUUACUGACCUGGAGCGCCGUGGGUGUCUUCAUCAAGAGGAGUUUGCUUGGAGACCGCGAUAUAACCUACUACCAAAACCACAAAAAUGAAUUUGCCAGUUUUUACGACACAGCCACCACAGACUCCCAGCUUCAGUAUCUGAUUGCUUUCUUGGUCCUGCUCUCCACCGUCAAACUGUGGCACCUGCUCAGACUAAAUCCCAGUAUGAACAUAAUCACAGGCACACUGAGGCGAGCCUGGAAUGACAUAGCUAGCUUCCUUGUGGUCCUUGUGAUCAUGCUGAUGGCAUAUUCCAUUGUGUCCAAUGUGAUUUAUGGCUGGAAGCUGUACUCCUAUAAAACAUUACUGGAUGCUCUGAUGACCAUCAUCAGUUUACAGCUGGGCAACUUUAACUAUGAUGAGAUCAUGGACUUCACCCCUCUGCUUGGCGGAUUACUCUUCAGUUCUUGUAUUGUAUUCAUGUCCUUUAUGGUGCUCAGUCUCCUCGUCUCGGUGAUCCUCGUGGCAUUCAGCCAGGAGAAAAAGUCCUACAAGCCCUCAGAGGAGGAAGAGGUUGUUGAUCUGAUCCUGAACAAGCUCUGCAGUUAUUUGGGGGUCAAAUAUAAGGACAGAGAAGACAGCACAAAUAGACUUAACAAUUCCCCCAACUGAUGGAAACACAUUUAAGACAUCUGACAACAUAGUAAACCUCUAGGGAAAGUACAUGCUGUGGGGUUUUGGAUAUUUAUUAGCAGUAAUAGCCACAUGCUCAUUUGUCUAUGUUCCUUAUUUUUGCUUAAUUAAAUGUUUGCUUGUUUUGCGUUUAUGCUCUAGUGCUUAUAUGGUGUGAUAGAUACAGAUGCACAGCUGUUUGUUAAUGUGGAUAAGAUGGUUACUUAGAGAAUAUUUAAUUCACAGCAAUGUUUUGUUCACCA